AUGGGCCUAAGCCCCGCCGCCGAGAGGAGGGGCCGGCUCCGCCUCUUUAGGCUCCGCGGGAGCCACCGCAAACUCACCUCGAGAACGGCAGGUAUGGGACCAAAUGACAAUCAGCUGCUCCUCGACAUGCAGCUGUGCCCCAGUGUUGGCCCCGCCGGAAUGGGAACCCACCCCACCGAGCAGCGGUUGGGGAACAACCUGGGUCGUUCUCCAGGUACCAGCCUGGGUGGUUCUCCAGAUACCAACUGGCCGUCUGGCCCCCAGAAAAGUCCCCACCAUUGUUUUUUUUGUUUUUGUUUUUUUGUUUUUCUUGAAUUAGGAGAAUCUGUGGGAUCUCAAUCGUUGGUCCAGCUAUCGCCGGAGGAGCCAAAGCAGGGUCCAUUAGAACAGGGCAGCAUCCAGCAGGGGGAGAAGCCGGUCAUCAACUCGGAGACCAUACUCAACGAGAAGAGAGCAAAGUCAGAUUCAGCCCUGAAGUCCAGGAGUGCAGGCAAGUUAACCAAGCAAACAGCUGAGGGAGAACCGCGACCCAGGCCCGGAGACCUGAUUGAGAUUUUUCGCAUUGGCUAUGAGCACUGGGCCAUCUAUGUGGAAGACGAUUGUGUGGUCCACCUGGCUCCCCCAAGUGACGAUUUCGAGGCCGGCAGCAUCACCUCGAUCUUCAGCAACCGGGCCGUGGUGAAGUACAGCCGCCUGGAGGACGUGCUGCACGGUUGCUCCUGGAAGGUUAACAACAAGCUGGAUGGGACGUACCUGCCGCUGCCCGUGGACACGAUCAUCCAGCGUACAAGAAAGAUGAUCAACAAGAUAGUCCAGUACAGCCUGAUCGAAGGGAACUGUGAGCACUUCGUCAACGACCUCAGAUACGGCGUGCCCCGCAGCCAGCAGGUCGAGCACGCCCUGGUGGAAGGGGCCAAGGCUGCAGGAGCCGUUAUUUCCGCUGUGGUGGGAAGCAUAAGGCCCAAACCAGCACCUACCCGAAGAUGCUGCGAACAGCAAGCGGAGAAGAGCUGCUGA